AUGGUAGUUUUAGUCAGAGAUUUAAAGACAUAUUAUCGGUAUUCAGCUUACGCAGAGAAUGUCGGCUGGAAUUAUCCUAAUGGAGCUUCGGCAAUGCAAGGUCAUCGCAAUAAUAUCUUCAAUCCUGUCUACCGUCGUUUCGGAUAUGGAACUUCUAGUAUUCGCGCAAUAGUAUAA